GUCAAAACAAUUUUUAAACAUGGCAUCUUACAGCGAUGAUGAAAUGUUUAGCGAUAACAUUACAAUAAGGAAAAAAGUUUUAAAUAAAAGGAGACGUUGUAGUAGUAUUGAUACAACAUUUGAAGACAUCGAUGUUAACAAAAGUCUAAAAAUAAUUGAAACUUCUUCUGAGCCGGAUCUCAUAUCAAGAGCUGCAAUAAAUAAUUCCAUAUCCAGUUUUGGAAGUGAUCUUGGUUUAGAUAAAAUAGUUACGGAUUCUGAAUUACGGUGCAAUAUUAAUACACGAGAUGUUGACAAGCAAGAAAACAAAAUUAAUACCCAAAAUGAAAUAAAGCCACGGAAAAUCAUAUUCGAUGAUGAGAAAAAUGAUAAAGAAAUAGAAUCUUUAAAACUCUCUUUCCCUAAUUUGUCUGACCAAGAUUAUGUAAAGAAAGAUUCCAAUAAAUUGGUAAACAACAUUAACGUGCAUAAAAGUCCAGCUAAAUGUAACUUAUUCGAACAUAUACGAAGUCCCGUAGCAAUGUAUAUCAAACGAAGCCCACAAGUUCCAUUACUACAGAAUGUUAAACCUGAAAAAUCGUUAGCGGGAAAUCAUUCAAUUGAUGUUGGGAAUUGUUGGAAAUCUAAAUCCAACGUAGAUUAUAAACCUUUGCCAUCAGUGGCAUAUAAAAGUGCGGAGAACGUGAAAUUGCUUGAAAUACCCGACGAAAAGAAGUUACCACGAUGUCAAUGGGCCAAGAAGCUCACUUCGUCUCUUUCUAGAGCAGUUGUGAUAAGGCAUGUCCAAAGAAAAAAUAUAACGUUAACAACAAUGAAUGAUUCACUUGCUGAUAACAGUUUUGCUGACCUCACUCUGUACCAAGCCAAAUUGUCUAUUUGUACAUUGGAGAGCGCGUAUAAUAAAAAAAAAUAAUGUGUUAGUAUCUCUUAUUAUUAAAAGAAUAUUAAAACUUAACAAAUAUGA